AUGACUAAGCUCCUGCGAAUUAAUGUUGGAGUCUGCAGAUUGGCACAAGAAUUGGCACUGGCGACUGCCAACGAGGCUAAAGCUGACAUUUUAAUUAUCAUCGAGAAGCACAGGAACUUAGGGGAAGACGCUGGUUGGUACGCAGACGCCAACGGAAGAUCGGCUAUAGCUGUCAUAAGCGAUAUGUCAGUCGAUAGAACAGGACCGCUAAUCCCAGGCUUUAGAUGGCUAGAAACCACUGGCCACAGGCUGUACAGUUGCUAUUGCUCACCUAACACCAGCUUCACCGAAUUUGAAGCCUUCUUGGACAGACUUGAAGAAAGCAUCRGAGAAGCCAAGUGUCCUGUGGUUGUCGCUGGUGACUUUAACUCCAAGUCACCGGAGUGGAGCAGUCCAAUCGAAGAUCGUAGGGGACUAGCCCUAGCAGAGCUUCUAGCCUCCACGGGUCUCGCGGUCUGCAACCAAGGCAACCGACACACCUUCGUCAGGGGAGCAUCCGAAUCACAUCUGGACCUAACAGUGUCUCAAGUCCUAACUCAGUCAUCCGCGAGCAACGUUACCGAUUGGAUCGUGCUGAUUCUUCUUCCAGCACGAUCCAGCUAA